CUUUUCCUUCCGUCUUGAUGGUUUCCUCUCUCUCUCUCUUAUCUUUCUUACAUUGCAGCAUAUUUCUCUCUCAUCGAAUCCUCAUCGUCAUCGUCAAAAUCACCGUCGCCCUCGUCGCCUCUGCUUCCUCGCCGGCAGCCGCCAGCGUCUCCCAGCGGAUUCCGCCAAGAAUCGGCCCCCCGAAUCUGUGAUAUUGCGGUCCAUGGACGUUCAAUUUCUUGUAAGUCCUCUCAUACCCAUUCGAUUGUUUUUUCGCUCCGUCUUCGUCCACCUCCUUGCAACGGCAGCGGCUCUACAACUGCUACUGGUCAAUCUUUCUGUUCAAGCUCGCUUUUUCUGAUCAAUUUCGAUUGGGAAUUAGUCCUCGUUAGGGUUUGGAGGGUUGUCUUCUCUUGGAAUUCGGUUGGGGGAAGAGUGUAGGAUUUAGGGCUUUUCCGUUACUUUAUCAGAUUUCGUAGCUGUAAUUUUCGAUUUGGUUUUUAGGGCUUGUACAAUUCGAUCCGUUUCCAUACGAGAGAAGUAGGUGUGGCUUAGAGGAUAAUGUGUAUACUGUGUGUAAUUCAGAAGUGGUCUCGACGGGUUGCUACCAUGCUUCCAUGGCUAGUGAUUCCACUGAUUGGCCUGUGGGCCUUGUCUCAACUGUUGCCUCCCGCUUUCCGGUUCGAAAUCACAUCGCCUAGGUUGGCAUGUCUGGCUGUGUUGUUGGUCACCCUGUUCUGGUACGAGGUUUUGAUGCCGCGCCUGUCGGCUUGGCGAGUGCGGAGGAACGCCCGGCUUAGAGAGAGGAAGAGAUUUGAGGCAAUUGAAAUGCAGAAACUUCGGAAGACAGCCACAAGGAAGUGUAGGAACUGUCUGACUCCAUAUCGCGAUCAGAACCCUGGUGGGGGACGGUUUAUGUGUUCCUAUUGUGGGCAUGUUUCAAAGAGACCCGUUCUGGACCUCCCUGUCCCCCCUGGAUUGGGGCUCUCAAAUUCUGGGGUCUUGAAGGACUUGGUUGGUAAAGGUGGGAAGAUGUUGAAUGCAAAGGUGUGGUCUGACAAUGGCUGGAUAUGUGGUCAGGAUUGGUUGGAGAAUGGUAAUUGGGUCGGGGGUUCUUUUGCCGGGAAGUCUAGUCAUUGGCGGAAGAAUGGAGGAGUGUUUUUUAGUAAUGACAACAAUUGUAUGGAAGAGAAGUCUUACUCAGGAGUUGUUAUUUUUGCCUGCAAGGUAUUGACAGCUUUUUUCUUGAGCAUUGGAUGGCUUUGGAGAAAAAUAACAAAGAUUGGUUCUAGAGACGGUGCUUCAUCAGAUGCAGAUAACAAUGGAAUGUCAAGUAAACGAGGAGAAAUUGGGGAAAAUUUUCAUGAGAGUAAAGGGGAGAAAGCUCGCAGAAAAGCUGAAGAAAAGAGGCAGGCUAGGCUGGAGAGGGAGCUAUUAGAAGAGGAGGAGAGAAAGCAGAGGGAGGAGGUAGCAAGACUGGUGGAGGAACGCAGGAGACUGAGGGAUGAGAAGAUGGAAGCUGAAAAAGAUCAUGGCAGGGAUUUUACAGCUGCCAGGGAAAAAGACAGUAAGAAAGAAUCAGAGAAAAAGCGCCAAGAAAAAAGGAAGGAAAAAGAUAAGGCAUCUAGUAAAAGCAACUCAGAUGCAGAGGAAGUGGAAAAAAGAUCGAGCAAAGAAACCGAGCGGAAAUGGGAGUUUGACAGGAAGAGUGAUACUGAUCGACGAGAGCAUCAUAAGCCUGGCGUUGAAAAUGCCAAGAACUACAGCACAGAAAUGGCUACUGGGGUCAAGGGUGUUAGUGCAAGCAAUCAUAGCCGGGGAAAUCCAGGAACACGAUACCUGGAUCGUAUGAGGGGAACCUUUUUGUCUUCUUCUAAAGCAUUUACUGGAGGUAGUUUUUUUGGGAAGGGUGUUACUAAUGCUGCUCCCUUUUCAAGAGAAAACAAAUCUAAUGUUUCUGUGGAUCAUGUCCAUACUGCUAAUAGGAGAGAGUUAUCUCAGCCUGGAAAAUCAAAUAUGAAUGGGGAUGAUAAGAUCAUCAACCGCCCGGUGCCUAUUGAACCACAGCCAACAACGGCUCCUAAAAAAUCUUGGCAACAAUUAUUUACUCGUACAUCAGGUGUUCCUCCCACCACUAACUCAAAUGUCAUAAGCAGACCAAAUGGAAAGUCCCAGCCAGAAGUUCAAAGCCCUGCUAUUACUAGUCACCCAUCUUCAGCACCAUUGUAUGAUAAUCCCAUUAAUUUUGGAUUGCCAUCACCAUUUACUUUACCCACAUUUUCUUAUGUGUCAACAAGUAGUAGUAUGGUUCCUCCAUUGACAUCUGAAGCCAUAUUUCCUCGCAUUGGAGAAGUACCUCGUGACUUUUUACCAGAAGAGUCUGAAAUUUUUGAAGACCCAUGCUAUGUUCCUGACCCAGUAUCUUUGCUUGGGCCUGUUUCUGAGUCACUGGAUAACUUUCAGUUAGACCUUGGCAGCGCUGGAUUUGCAACAGACACGGAAUUGAGAAACCCAUGUCCUUUAAAGAAUGUUUCUGCUGCUGACGUGAACAAGCCAUCACCAAUUGAGUCUCCAGUGUCACGGAUGCGUGUCUUUGAUGAAAGGCAUUUGAAUUCUACUAGAUUCCCAAAUACACCUAAAGCCCAGGAUAUGCAGAGUUUGCCAAUGGAUGAUACAAAUACUGGAAAUGAGAAAGGGUCAUGGAAUUUAUGGAGUGCUUCUCCUCUUGGUCAAGAUGGUCUAGGUUUGGUGAGUGGCCCAGCUAGUUGGGUGUUACCUCCAGAACUAAAUGCAUUAAACAAGGAUGAUAUGGCGCAUCCUUCGUCUCAAAAGACUAUGGCAUCACUUUUCACAAAAGAUGAUCAACUUCUUUCUGGCACUCAUUCUCCUCAGAAGGUUUUUCUGGGAAAUUGCCAAAAUGCUGGAACCUUUGCUCCUGUUCCUGGUUCUGCUGGUGAUCCGUGGUUACCAAAAUCUUUUUUUGGACCCCAUCCAGGAGAAGCCCAUUUCUCAUUUAAUCCACAGGAGGAAACAUCUCAGAAUGAAAUGAUUUAUGGGAGUCCCAACUCAUCUGCAACUAACCAUCCAUUUGAAUUUUCUCCAGCCAAUUCUUGGUCCAAGAAGGAGUUGGAUGGGCGGGUUACAGGGGAUGGGAUCGGGAACCCAGCAACGACGAUGAGGCCACCGCACGUAGGAGGGCUGUAUUCGACGCCAGAUGUACAAUCACUCUGGUCAUAUGAAUGAGAAAGUGAGAGAAAUGAAUUUAAUAUAUGAAUGAUGAGAUGAGGGACUCAAAAAUACAGAGGUAGCUGUUGUUCUGAGAGGAGGGAAAGAGCCUCUUUUGAACGAGUUUUAGAAUACUUGUUGAUCAAUGUAUCUUCACCAUCACGAUCACCAUCACCAUCACCAUGAUCAUCAUCCUUCUCAUCAUCUUUACAGGGCAGAGGAAUUUACAUGCCAACCAUACCAAUACCGUACCGUACUCUUAAUUAGAUAAA